AUGGCACUUGGGCGUGUUGCCUGGGAGGUGAUAAGCGGCCUCGGGGCUCUGGACGGGGUGAGCUGGGCCGAGUUCAGCGCAAUCAAGGACUUGAAAUCACAAGUAGCUUGCGCCAGUCACCAGCGCAGAAUGAUGGAGGGGAUUGAUGGCCUCCCGCGCGGUUCUGAUGAAACGUUCUUCCACAUGGUGGCAUUGCCGAUGAUCGCAGCUGUGAGGUCCUGCUCCGAUGAGGCCGCCCGCUCGGUCAAGGAUUUCUCGACAGAGGAAGUCUACGCUGCGCUUUCGGUGCUCCCAGCUCCCCCACCCCUGUCUCUACCCGAACAGACGAUGAUUGUGAACCUCAACAUUCGCAACGCUUCUAUAUUUGGACGAUGGCCCGCGAUGCCACACUUUGGCACAUCAGACUUCGAUUCCAACACACAGUUCAGCUUCAACUCCGGCUUCGAUUCCAACACACAGUUCAGUUUCAACUCCGGCUUCGAUUCCAAUCCCGGCUUCGAUUCCAAUCCCGGCUUUGACACGAUGGAUCGCGGCUUCGAUACGGAACCUCCCAACAUUUGUGCGACAGCUCUCGAUUCACCGCGUCUGAACAAGGAAAUCAAAUCCAGCCCUGACCACAUUGACUCGUCCGAGGUAUCCCGGAUCUACGAAGAGCCCAGGGACGAGACUUCUUCCACCGGCGGCGACCUAGCGCAUUUGUAUGCUUCCGGUGGAUGUUGUCUCUCCGAGCACGGCUAUCGUUCUGCAUGUUCCUGUAUUGUAUGCUCUCCAGAUCAAGUCGACUUGAACAACAUUGACUGUCAGUCUCACCCGCCCACCUCUCGAGAGACUGAUGGUCGAUUUCGAGCCGCAGGAAGCGUAUUCGCCAGCGGGACUAUGGGCGAAGAAAUUGUGGAACCCCUCCAGCUGGCAAACGAUGUGCUCGACGCUGCCAUGCACGACAACUUUCUCACCUCUCCCUCCGACUUGUGCACCCAGCAGCGUCACAUUACGAAGAACGGGGAGCCUCCUGCAGACGCCGAUUUGGACAACAUUGACGAACAGGCACUCUGGGAUGAAUUCAUGAUCGAGGACAGUGGCGAAGAUGAGAUUGCGGUAAGAGGUGGAGACGAGCAGAGGGCUCACGAGAAUUGA